AUGGCAAUGGUGCAGUUAUUCAACGGCGGCUUUCACGUCAUCACCAAAGUCGCCCUUAACGUUGGCGUCAACCAAAUCAGGGGAAGGCUUGAUGCGAAGUUAAAGUUGCUUCUUGGCGCCCAGUUGAACAUGGGUUUGAAUUCGGAACCAGCCUCUUUGCUUGCAUAUAUGCUAGACACACCUAGCUACUCAUCAGUGGCACCGUUGAUUAUUUGCUCUUGUUUCCUCGCAUCUCAGUCUCAAUUCUGCGCCAACAACCUCAAAUCUUUAGUUCCAGGAAAAUUGGCAUGUCUUUCUCUAAAACCGGACAAGGUUGUUCCAGACACAGAAUAUACACUUUAUGGGUCUUCUAAGGGUCCAAAUUUGCUGCACUGCUCAAAGUGUAAGGAAAACAUGCACCAAAGGUUCCCCUCGCUAAUAUUUGUAGCUAGCAAUAUUUUGAUGUUCUCUAUGCCUAAUACAGCUUUGGCUGAAACGUGUGAGGCUGAUAAUUCUCUUUUCAACAUGCCUAACUUUCUAAGGAAUCAACAACUGGAUAAAGCAUUUACAGAGUUUAAGAAUGCACUCGAGCUUGCCCAGAAUCUGAAGGACCCUAUUGAAGAGAAAAAAGCUGCUAGAGGUCUAGGAGCCUCACUGCAAAGACAAGGAAAGUACAGAGAUGCUAUUAAAUACCAUUCCAUGGUUUUGGUCAUCUCUGAACGAGAAGGGGAGGACUCAGGGAAUACGGAAGCGUUUGGGGCAAUUGCUAAUUGUUACACUGAGCUUGGAGAGCUUGAGACAGCAGGCCAAUUCUAUGACAAGUAUAUUGCAAAGCUGGAAAAGGACUGA